AUGUUUGAAUCACUCUACAAUGGUAUAAUGAAGAGUAAUGAGUCAUUAUCAUUACAAUCAAUUGGAUGUUCAUCGUUCUCGACAUAUAAUCCAUUCAAAGAUGUCAUGCCAUCUGCUCACAAGACAUAUCAUGUUGACCUUACAGUCGAGACAAUGAGGGAUUACACUAUAGCAGAGCAAGAGGAUCAGCAACUGCAACAACUACUCACAAGUCAUCUAGUUAGACUGCACAUUGUAUUAGAUGACAACAACAACAAUAUUGAUGUUGGUACGAUUGAACUUCAAGAGUUCUAUGACAAUGCGAUCAAUCUAAGAUCGUUGACAUUGUCCAUUCCCAACAUUGCGAUGAUCAAUGACAUUGAUAUUACAAUUGCAUCAUAUAUCAAAGGUGAACUACAACAGAACAUAACAAAGAUUGGAACGACACUUCAUCAUCUCCAACAAGACAUAUUCAAACAUGUAGAACACAUUAGAAUUCACAUGAUACAAGGAGGUGUCAUCAUACCAUUCAGCAGACGUCUACUAUCCACCAUUACAACAAUGUUGGGAACAUGUGUAGUCAUGAACUAG